AUGUGGAACGAAUUUAUUAUCCUGAAUGUCAUGAUUUUUAUAUGCAUUGCAUUUGGCCCCCUGUGGAUUACUUCUCCGAAAUUCAGGUAUUACUUCAAAGUAAUCCUUUAUACGAUUUGUCUGGUGACGGCUGGAACAGUUGGUGCAUGCCUGUCAUUACCAAAUGGAAGAACUCCAAAAAAUCAUUGGCAUACGUUUCGUACUUUUCAAUUAUUAACAUUUUGGUGUGGUAUAUCUUACGAAAUACGCAACCGGAAUUUCAUCGAAGUCGAUAACUCGUUUAUUGUCGUUGCAAAUCAUCAAACUUUGCUGGAUGUUUUAACUUUAACGUACGUUUGGCCGAAAAACUGCGUUGUUUUAUUGAAGAGUAGUUUGAAAUUUAUGCCGGGUUUCAAUGUUUGUGCAUAUCUUUGUGAAGCUAUUUUCAUAAACAGAUUCAGUAAAGUUGCUGCACACAAAUCAGUUGAGAAAGCAAUCAGUGCGGUACGGAAUUAUAGAAAGAUAUGGAUAUUUCCCGAAGGGACAAGAAACUCGAGUGGUACAAUGCUUCCGUUUAAGAAAGGUGCUUUCAUUAUAGCACGUGAAGCCAACGUUCCGAUUAUUCCAAUAGUUAUUUCAUCAUACCAAUCAUUUUAUCGAAAAGAUGAUUAUAAAUUUGACUAUGGUGGUCGUGUAAUAAUUGAAAUUCUUCCGGCAAUCGACCCAUUCGCAUAUUCUGACGUCGACAGUGUGAGUGAAGAAUGUCAUAAACAGAUGGAAAAUGUUUAUCGAAAAAUAAGCAAUGAAUUAUGUUCGAAAUAG